CUGACAAAUCGUCGCUUGGCCAACUCGGGCCGUUCCACUCUGAGCUGAAAAGCUAGAGCAACAUGUCUGCCAGCCAGAGUUUUGCCUUUGCCAUUUUCAUUUUAGAAAUAAGUGUCCUGGCAGCCGAUACUACCCCUAGUUAUGCCACAGAAGGAAACAGCGGCACUCCAGUGCCCAUAAAUUGCAUAAUGAGCCCCUGGAGCGCAUGGUCAGAAUGCAACCCUUGCCUCAAACAAAUGUUUCGUUCACGGAGCAUUGAGGCCUUUGGACAAUUUAAUGGGCAAAGGUGUCUUGAUGCCGUGGGAGACAGAAAGCAAUGUGUACCCACUCGGGCCUGUGAAGAGGAAGAGGAAGAUUGUGGGAAUGACUUCAAGUGCAAUACAGGCAGGUGUAUAAAGAAGCGCCUUCUGUGUAAUGACGACAAUGACUGUGGAGAUUUUUCAGAUGAAGAUGAUUGUGAAAAGGAUCCUCGGCCCCCCUGCCGUGGCAAGAUAGUGGAAGAGUCAGAGCUGGCAAGGACAGCAGGCUUUGGCAUCAAUAUUUUAGGGAUGGAUCCACUCUCUACCCCUUUUGACAAUGAGUACUACCAUGGUAUGUGUGACCGAGUUCGAGAUGGAAAUACUUUGACGUACUACCGGAAACCUUGGAAUGUGGCAACUCUGACGUAUGAAACCAAAGCUGAUAAAAAUUUCAGGACUGAGUAUUAUGAAGAACAAGUUCAAUCAUUCAAAAUGCUCAUCAGAGAUAAGAUAUCAAAUUUUAAUGCAGGUUUAACUGUAAAAUUCACACCUACUGAAGCAAUUCAAAAGCUUUCUAACUCUGAAGACUCUCUUCCAGAAACCAACUUUACAAAUCCUUUCAGUUUGCAAAGUAAAUUUCGAUUUUCAUAUUCUAAAAAUGAAACUUACAGGAUGCUAAUGUCAUAUUCUUCUCAAAAGGAUAAAAGAUUUAUGCAUGUGAAAGGGGUAGUUCAUCUGGGAAGAUUUGUGAUGAGAAAUCGAGAUGUCAUGCUGACAACAACUUUCUUGGAUGAUGUAAAAGCUCUUCCAGCUACAUAUGAAAAGGGAGAAUAUUUUGCAUUUUUGGAAAUCUAUGGAACCCACUACAGUAGUUCUGGAUCUCUUGGAGGGCAAUAUGAAUUAGUAUAUGUUUUGGAUAAAGUUGCCAUGAAAAGGAAAGGUAUUGAACUAAGAGAUAUACAGAAGUGCCUUGGAUUUAAUGCAGACUUUACUGUGGCUAGUAAAGUUGAAAUCUCAGGAAAUAUUAGCCGAAGCUCUUGUCUAAAGGAUGGUGAAGGUAACGCUGUAAACAUCAGUCGUGAAGGCCUCAUAGAUGAUGUUGUUUUGCUGAUAAAAGGAGGAACAGGCAAAUAUGCAAUUGAACUGAAAGAGAAGCUUCUCAGAGGAGCCAAGGAAGUUGAUGUGAACGACUUUGUAAAAUGGGCCACUUCCUUAAGCGAUGCUCCUGUGCUCAUAAAUCAAAAACUAUCUCCUAUUUAUAAUCUGAUCCCAGUGAAAAUGAAAGAUGCCCACCAAAAGAAAGAAAAUUUGGAAAGAGCCAUUAAAGACUAUGUCUAUGAAUUUGAUGUAAGAAAAUGCCAACAAUGCCAGAAUGCAGGCACCGUGAUACUAAUGGAUGGUCAGUGCCAGUGUCUCUGUUCAGCUGAAUUUGAGGGACUGGCCUGUGAAAAAAGCAAACAAUACACUCCUCAGAAUUUGCAGCCAAAUGGAGAAUAGAGUUGUUGGCUUUCUUGGAAUCCAAUAAAAGAAAAAAAAGACUCCUGGAUCAACCUAUAUAUAAUCCUGCCCCUUGAGAUAAUGCUCACUGCCAAAAAAGAAAAGCGUCUUCUAAAAACCUUACCAGUAUCUGAAGUCGUCUUUCUCCUUGAUCCAGAAUGUUUCUUUUCCUCUUUAAGCUCCUAUGAUGUUUUCAUUUGUUCUGCCCUAAUGAGGAGAGUCAGCAGUGAAAUAUGCCAGCACUGCUUUCUCCCACAGGCAAUGCCAAUCUCUCUCUAACAAAACAAAAUUAAAUUAAAAAGAGAAUGUUAGUUAAAAGGCUUUAAA